AUGCAAGCUAUUAGAGAUCGCAAACACAACUUUAGCAUUCCACCUCCGUCUGCGAUGGCAGGAACUGCAGAUUCCUUUCACCAAGGCAACAUUAGGAUGACCUUGGAGGACCCAGAGCUCUGGAAAUCCUUUCAUGAGAUUGGCACUGAGAUGAUCAUAACCAAACCUGGCAGGAGAAUGUUUCCUCAUUGUAAGAUCAACAUCUCUGGACUUGUUCCCUAUGCAAAGUACAUCCUGCUGGUGGACAUUGUGCCUGAAGAUAACUUCAGAUAUAAGUGGAAUAAAGACAAGUGGGAAGUGGCAGGCAAGGCUGAGCCGCAGCCACCAUACAGGACAUACCUCCACCCGGACUCCCCAGCUCCGGGCAGCCACUGGAUGAAGCAGUCUGUUUCCUUUCUCAAGCUUAAACUGACCAACAAUGCCCUCGACCAGCACGGACAUAUUAUCUUGCAUUCCAUGCACCGCUACCAUCCCCGCUUCCAUAUUGUGCAAGCCGACGACCUGUACAGUGUACGUUGGAGUGUCUUCCAGACCUUCACCUUUCCUGAAACCACUUUUACUGCUGUCACGGCAUACCAGAACACCAAGAUUACCAAGCUGAAAAUCGACAACAACCCUUUUGCUAAAGGUUUUAGGGAUGAAGGCAUGAAUUUAAAAAGACGUGCAAACAGAGGGCCAAAUGAUGCAGAACGACUGGCUAAGAGGCUGCACUCAUUGGCCAGGGAAUCCGACCAUGACAGCCCACCAGAAUCCCGCCGCUCCUCUUUCGAGGGUCUGGCAGAUGGACGCGCUGAAUGUAAGGCCAGUCUUAAGGAAGAACCAAAUUCUCCAUGGGGAGGAGCAUCAGAUCGGGAUAAUGGACACAGCUUGGGAAGAGACUCUCCUCUCAGCUCUAAUGUUCGAGACAUGUACAGCUCUGAACAGCUUGUCCCUGGACAUGGCACAUAUCAACCUUACAGGUUUUCAGACUACAGCAAGUCGCCUAGCUCCAGCUCCUCCAGCAUGGUCAUUGUUGGACGCAACAACUACGAAUCCCGUGUGCCAGACGUGGCCACUGUCCCGGAGCAGGAAAACAAGACCAGUGUGCCAGAUAUGGCUGUCCCACAGUGUCCUCCUGCCGCCACGGCCGGCGUUCAAGACUACCCCGGUGUACUGAAUGUAGCUGUGGCACAGGCUGCUAAACCGGGAAUGCUGGGUCAUCCCGCGCUCUACGCACCAUAUACUGCUGAUCAGCCUUUGGGCCAGUGGAGCGGGACCAGCUCAGCCCAGUACCCACCACACCCACACCAUCACCACCACCUGGCAGCAGACUACAGCACCCAGGCUGUGCAUCACGGCUACCAUCACGCCAAUGUGCCAGACUGGAGCCAGUACCCACUCUUCUCAUAUUCCUGCUGGUGA